GAAUAAGAGAAAUUAUGAAACUGGAUGAAGAAUACUAACUUGAGCAAGUUUUAAAAGGAUAUAACAAAAUUUGAAAACUAUAUGAAGAAUCCCAUCUUUAGCAAAUUAAAUUGCAGUAUAAUCAGAAAAUUAUCAAGUGCAGCGGGCGAUUAGGAAAAGGUCACUGAUUGCAAACCGUUCAACAGUUACAACGACACGUUCUUCUAAAUGUUAUAUUCAGAACACCACACACCUUACACGAAUCACAUGUACAGUAAUUAUUCCAAACAACAGAAAACAAUUAGAUUUCCUGAAACCAAUGUGAUCCUAGAUAGAAACUGACUGGAACCAAAUAAAGAGACAAAAAAGUGUUCUGAUAACUGACUAAAUCAACUGGGAAGAUGGCUGCUCCAUUUUCGUACACACACCCUAGCCAUAUCGCCAGUGGCUACCGGCCAACAUGCAGGCCGCGGCCAGAGGCCGAGUAUCCCAGGAAGUACCCUAGUCCAAGCCUAGGCUACGGGGAGGACUAUCCCAUGUAUCACCGGGACCACUGUAAAAUGCCCCCCUCCAACUCCAACUGCUGCGCGUGCGUGGACGAGCUCCAAGAGGUGCAAACGAGACGACCGGAUUUGACGUACAACAGGAUACCACCGGAUACACACAAUGGUGCCAGAACGACCCAUGACAUCGUGGCGGCGUACGGAGUGUAUAGCCACAGUGCGGGAGUGGCGGUGGAAGAGACGGGGUUCGAAUCUGCAGUGGGAGUGGGUGGAGGGACUUCUUACUACCCACAGCAAGUGGUAGUGGUGGCGAGCCAAAGAGACGGUACCACGGCCAACACUCUGGCCCGCGAGCCUACCCCGGACCCUCGAGUCCUGUCUUCCAACCCUGGCUGCUGCCGACCCGCCGUGCCUCUCGUGCUAGUCGUGUUCUUUGUGAUAGUCUUCCUUAUCGUCUCUGGUGUCUUGUUCUACUUCAAUGUUGUGACGUACACUCCCGACUCCACAAUGCAAGGUAAGUGUUAACGGUGUUGAAUG